AUGACAACACUGGAUGUAAGUAAUGACGAAAAUAAAAGAAAGACUACCAUGAACGAUGGUAUAAUAUGCAUUUCUGAUGUUCGAUUUGAUGAGUCUUGCAGGAUCGCUUCAAGCAUACGAAAAAAUGCCGACUAUACCACAUCUGGAAUAAAUAAAAUGGAAAGGCAGAAGAUUAAACAGGAAAGAAAAUCAUUGAAUUUGGAGUAUGACGGUGCGGAAGCUGGCAGAACUUAUAAAAUGAAUAAGGACACAAAGUGA